AUGACUACCUCUACCGUCACGGACCUUGAGGCUGUGCUUGAGCAGCUGGGAGUCAAAGUUCCCAUCCGUCAGUUUUCUUCAGCAGACGUACUGAAACGGCCGUUGGAUAUCGGUCGCUCGUACUUAGCAGACAUCUUCUGUAGGCUUAUCGAAUGCGAUCCAGAGGUCGCUUACAGGUCGAUCCAUUGGCCCAACGAUAUUUUCAAUGGAGACUUGGCAGUUAUAUUACCAAAGCUCAGCCAUGGUGCUGACUCCAACGCUGUGGGAUUUGACCUAAGGAAUAAGUUUCCCGAAAAUUCGCUUUUCAUGCUUCCUUUCCAGGAUGGCGUCCAUCUUCGAAUAAUGUUCAGUCCCAAGACUCUUCCGCGCCUCUUGCUUCCUUACAUGAAUGAUCGCCAGAACUCUUAUGGGAGAUAUGAAUCUCUUGGACUUCACGGACCCUCUUCCCUAGAAGCCGGGCGCAAGAAACUGUUGAUUGAGUUCUCAUCCCCUAACAUCGCUAGUGAGUUUCAGGCCAGGCAUCUCCGGAGUACCAUUCUUGGUGCUUAUAUUGCCAAUCAAUAUGAAAAUAUGGGCUGGGAUGUCACUCGCCUCAACUACCUCGGAGACUGGGGAAAGCCAAUGGGACUGUUAGGGGUUGCAUGGGAGAAGUUCGGGUCAGAGGAGCUUUUCCAAGCCGACCCGGCUGGACAUCUACAUGAUAUCUAUCACAAAAUCCUAGAGCUGUUUGUUCCCGAACAAGCUGCCAGCAAAAAGAUUCGUGAUGAAGGAGGAGAUCCGGCCAGCAUUGAAGGCCAGGGAGUCUUUGCAGAGCGGAACGCCUUUUUCAAGAGAAUGGAGGAUGACGAUGAGCAAGCAGUUGCGUUAUGGAAGCGGGCUCGGGACGUCAACAUCAAAAAUUACACUGAUCUCUACGCGCGAUUAAACGUUAGAUUUGAUGAGUAUUCCGGAGAAUCCCAAGUAAGACUGGAGACAAUGAUGGAGGUUGAAGAAAUAUUGAAGAGCAGAGGUAUAUCUGAGGAAAGCGCAGGCUCGUGGAUGAUUGACUUAAAAAAGCAUGCAAAAAUUUCUGGCACAGCCAUCAUUCGAGACCGCACAGGAAGCAGCACCUACCUUCUAAGAGAUCUCGCAGCCGUCUUGGAACGAUCCCGGAAGUAUUCUUUCGACAAGAUGAUAUAUGUAGUGGCAGCGGACCAGCACACAACACACUUUUCUCGGCUAUUCAAGAUUCUGGAGCUUAUGGACAUGUCCGAUCUCGCAAACAAAUUGCAACAUGUUCAAUUUAGUAAUGUAUCCAAGAUGUCAGAGAAGUUUGGGAACGACCGCACCUUGGACGAGAUUCUUGACCAAUUUCAAAAGGCAAUGUGUGAGUCGUUCAAGAUUCACCCAGAAAUGGCUUCUCUCCUUGGCCAUAGCGAGGAGUCUAUCUUCUCUAUUGCGAUAAGUGCUCUAGUAGCUGGGGAGCUAUCUUCCAAGCGAGCACAGGAUAAUGCAUUUGAAGUUACUCGAAUGACUUCCUUUGAACCCGGCACUGGACCGUAUCUUCAGUAUUGGUAUGCAAGGCUGUGCACCAUUCUUGAUGCAUAUGAGACUUCCAUAAAGCCUUCGGAGGAGGAAUUUGAUACUCUUUCGGAUGAGGAUUUUAGUCUUCUUCGCCUCUUAGUUCAAUUCCCCGACAUCACCCAUCUCGCCUAUGAAUCCUUAGAACCCGCAACGGUAAUGGCAUAUCUCGUCAAUUUGGCCGUACAACUGGAGGUUUGCUUUGAUGAGUGCGAGAAUAAUGUCGCCAACAAUCUAACCCAGGCCAACCUGUACGAGGCUACACGGAGAGUCAUGGAGAGUGGAAUGAAGCUUCUUGGAAUCAUUCCAGUGCGGGUACCCAGUGAACAAUUGGCACCAAAUCACGAGUUAGAGAAAUUGACAUUGUCGGAGGAAAGUGAUAGGCCCGAGGAGGCUCAGCCUACCAUAGAGGGGAUAUUGCCAAAUGAAGGAACUCCAGUAUCCGAGAAUGUCCAAACACUAACGGAGACUACGUUGUCCGACUCAAUACAAGUACUUGACGAAGUUGAAAUAUCUGAGAAAGCUCCGGCACUUGAUGAACUAGUAGUACCUGACGGCGUUACAGAUACCGAGGCACAGUCACGAUCAAAGGAGACUCUUACUGGCGAUUGCCAUGUUCCGGAAUCAAUUGCGGUCUGCGAGGAAUGUACAACACACGACAUUAUUCCAGUGAGCGAAGAAGUAGGGGUUAUUGAAGAGCAUCUCCCUGAAGCAACGCACUCAUCUGAAGAAGGCAUAUCGCCGCAUGACUGUCCACCCUCCGAAGGGGUGGGCACUCUCGACGAAAGUGUCCCUGAAGAGAUCCAUAUUUCGGAAGAGAUAGCACCAGAUGCACCUCUGGCAUCAGAGGAUGUCUCAGAUCUCCUUCAAACUGACAUGGAUAAUAUAUCCGUAUCGCAGGAAAUCAAGCCAUCUGUGGAAAUUCAAGUGGUGUAG